AUGCCCAGUAUCAGACCGUUGACUCGAUACUUUUCCAAACGUUUCGCCGGCAUCAUAUUCGGCGCCAUCAUCGGCACAGAUUUGUUAUUCAUACAACAUCAGACACGUUACGAGGAGGAGCGUGAAAAACUGCUAGCAACGAUCUGCCAUGAGGAGGCUGACAGCGCAUUCCGCCGCGAAACGGCACUGUCCCUUGACAAUGUGACGGAAUGUGGCUUAAAUGGAGAGCCCUUGCCGUACGAAAUUGCUAUCUGGCGAGACGAUGCCGGGUUGACUGAGAGAUCAAAAUAUCCACAGCAAUCCGAUUCCUCAUUUAGUCAACAACCGUCCUGCUGCCACUACAGCAACUACCCCAUCUCGACCCAAAUCUCAAAUUGCCAGCGUUUCUCCUCUCCGGUCUUGGCCACCUCUCCCUUGCCAGCCGUGGCACUCUCAUCAGCUCCCUUGUUUUCUCCUUCAUCUGCUCAUAUUUCCAUUCCUCUGGCCGCUACCGCGGACCCGGAGUCAGCUCCACCGCCACUCUUUCAGCUCAACGCCCUCUCUACACUCCCAACCUCUGCAGAGCCGCCGCCUCCACCAUCGAGUAACUUCUCCGCCAGCAUCAGUCACUCUAUUCCUGUCUUUGCCUCCGGCCUUCACUCGAGCAACCACUCUUUCUUAGAAAAUUACACUGCGGCAGAUCUUCCCCUCUCUGGCCGCCCUGUCACAGCGAAUUCUACGACAGCACUUUUGCCUCCGCAUCAACAUUUCGGCCGCGACCUUUCACACGCCGUCACCUUUGCCGGACCCCCUUUCGUCAUCGAUCACUUCUCUAUGCUUCUGCCCCCUGCACCGGCCUUUGAACCGGAUCAAGCGCCCUCGGCGACCCACCGAAUACCAUCUUCAUCUCACGACCCCAAUAACUGGUCAGCUGAAAACCAGUCGCUUUCACGGCUGUCAUCCUCCGGCAUUCCGGGCUCCAUCACUGUCGCAACUGGGUUGCCUGGAUCUACUGUCAAUACUACACACUUCAGCUGUGUGCCGACCUCUCAUAUUACCGCCAAUCAGGCUUAG